AUGCAAUCUGAGUCGGACUUUAGUCCUGUCCCCCAAUCUCAUAUGAUCCUGUCUCUUCCAACCCGGGACCAGCUCCCACCAGAUCUUCGACGGAUCCUGGAGAAGUUUCUGGUAAAAAAGGAUGACCAUCCAGUUACUCCCAAAGCCCACAUUUACCUCUCUCAGCCGUCCAGCCCGGGUAUGGCCUCGGUAAGCCCCCUCCCCACUCCUACGACCCCAGACGCACCGCUUCGACCGAUCCCUCUGAAUGCAUCCCCUCCCCGAGCCCUAUUUGGAUCCCAGAACGACGAGUCUCGAGGUGCACAUGUAGUAUCUGCGCAAAAAAUGAAUCAGCUACCCAAGGCCACUUUUCGCGUCACUGGACCCGCGAAGCGUUACGCCAUGUACAUCGCGCGUCCUUCGCCUUCCCGUGCACCCUCGUCCUCAACCGCCUCGUCCUCUCGGCGUGAUCGCCACGGCCAAACUGAUCGAGAGCACGGCGAUCGUGCAGCGAUCCACGAAACGGAGCACGUUUCCCGAGGCCGGCGUGCCGGCUUUAGCUCUACGCUUGGGCAACGUCCCCGCGGUGGUAUCGUCGAUAUUGAAGAGUGGCAAAACUUAUGGAUAUCUUCCGUUGGUGAGGUGGCACGCUUCAGGUCUAGUCAAGAGGAGUUAACGACGGGUGAAUACGAUGACCACGAAGAAACAGUCCCGGGUUCAGCCCUUCGACACUCUCCGUGA